AUGGCCCCGACUUCUCGCAAACGUAGGCGCAACUCGCCUCCUCUAGCAAUACCUGUUCCCCCGUCGCUGCGUCCUCCAGCGGAACCCGCCGCUGCCGGACCGUCCUCUAUGACGCGGACAGCGCCGACCGAGGACCCCAGCUCGCUCGAAGACGACGCAGACGACGAAGAGUCCCACUUUGUGGGAACGGGCGUAUUCUCGAGCCUUAUCCUCCCCUCUUCUCGCGUCAGCUCGGCAUUCACGCGCGAGGGCAUUCUCUCCUUCAGGCAAGUCUCGACCGACGAGCAACACCCGGCGUACUUUAUCAAGCACCCUUCCUUUCUCUACGGCCGUGCGCCCAAUUCUGGGCAGGACGCAUUCAGAACUGCAUGUGCGCUCGUACCUGAAGUAACGGCGGAGAGGGCCAUCGAGGCACUCGUGCGCAUCACCCUGCCUGCGUUCCCCUUCAUUGACGGAGAGAGGCUGGUGGCGAGCACGCGGACGUCGCCGCGCUACGCUCUGCUGACGGGGAUCAUGGCACACUGCACGAGCUACCUCCCCGACAUUGCUCCUCUGCGCAAGGAGCUCUGGGCCCAGGCGUUGCUGGGACUCGAGGACGAGUAUCGGCAACCUCGACUCAGGACGCUCCAGCUCGCAAUCCUGGUUCUGUGUUCGAGACCAAGCGAGAAUGCGGGUCAGUGCGAAAUUGGUUUGGGAAGGGCGGCAGGCGCCGCUCAGCUCCUCGGGCUCCACAUUGACCCGACUUUCUGGACAUUGCCAGACUGGGAGAAGAGCAUUAGGCGGAGGAUAUGGUGGAGCUUGGUUGUGCAUGACAAGUGGCGAGCUCUCCUCUAUGGCAGACCCUGCCAAGAAACGCACAACGUCCGCAUUCCCGAGGUCGAGGGGGAUAGCCGCGAUGCGCGGUUGAGCAUGUUGAGUUUCGUGGCCGAGUGCCAUCUGACCGAGAUUGUGGACCGAGUGGUGUUCGUCGAUGCCGCUAUACACCGCGCAGGGGAGAUGUGCAAGGAUGCGUUCGCCUAUGCGGCCACCUUGGCACCCGAGGCACAUGAGGCAUGGUCGCCCUACGCCUCGCUCCACAUCUCGAACUCCAUCUCGUUCGCUCUGCAGCUCAUCUUGAAGGGCAACACAGCUCUCCUGCCGUUCGUGACCGACUUUUUCGCCCACGUUGUCUCACGCUGUAACGAGACACAUUGGGACGUGCUCGAAUCGGCUCUGAAGAGGAGCGCAACCCUGCUCCUUAUCGCGUCGAGACAGGUACCCGAGCUGCAGGAGACAUAUCGCGCUGUGCAGGUCUGUCUCGGCCUUGACACGGUGAAUCAGGAGUCUCCGCUGUCUCUCGAAGCCCUUCUGGCCCCACUCGGCGAUCUCGGCGAUCUGUCCUGGCUUGAUGGAGCUUUGCUCGGUGCACUGGGCGAUGCGUCUCUUCUCUAG